AUGAAGACUCUCGCCGUUGCCAGCGGGCUCGCCGCUCUGCUCCCCACGGCGCUGGCCUGUGGGAGCGACUCGUCGUGCUACGGCCCUACUAACACGGUCGAGCAUGUUCGCCAUGUCAAGCGCAUCCAGCCUGGAGUGCCCAAUGCGGCAUACGGACCCAAGGCGCCUCUUGAAUGGGGUCAGCUCAACUUUCUCCAUACGGGCCAUCUCAAGGAGCAAAACUAUGGCGCCGACUGGGGUGAUUUUGUCACCUUUUCACGCCGUAUGAAGCAGACGGCCGGCAACAUGGGCGUCGACCUGCUCCUGGUGGACACUGGCGAUCUGCACGACGGCAAUGGCGUCUCAGAUGCCACUACUAUCGACGGCACCGAGUCAAUGCCCAUCUUUGACGAGAUUGCCUACGAUCUGCUGACGAUUGGCAACCAUGAGCUGUACGUGUCCGAGGUGGCGUACCAAAUGUUCAACAAUUGGGCGCGCAAAUGGGGCGACCGAUAUGUCACAUCCAACGUCAAGGCCUUCAACCAGACGUCAGGCCAGUACGAGUACAUUGGAGCCACCCAUCGCUACUUCACCACAGAAAAGGGGCUGCGUGUCAUGGCCUUUGGCGUCCUGUUCGACUUUACCGGAAACUCCAACGCCUCGCAGGUGCUCAAGGCCGCGGACAUGGUCAAGGAGGAGUGGUUCACCGAUGCCGUCAAUACCUGCGACCCCAUCGACGUCUUUAUUCUCUUUGGCCACAACCCCGUGCGCCAGACAGACUCGUCCAACACGCUCAAGACGGUUUUCAACGAGAUCCGCAAGGUCCAUCCCACCACCCCUAUCCAGAUCCUCGGCGGCCACAGCCACAUCCGUGACUUUGCCGUCUACGACGACAACUCGGUGGCCAUUGAGUCCGGCCGCUACUGCGAGACGCUUGGCUGGAUGUCCAUGACGGGCUUCAGCUCCUCCAACAGCGGCUACAACGGAGUCAAGAACCCCCACGGCGUCGCCAACCCAACCCGUCCCGCGAAAGCAGGCGCAAAGUCCCCCUUUGUGUAUUCGCGCCGAUAUCUUGACUGGAACCGCCAGACGUUCAUCUACCACACCAAGCAGACCGAGCAGGCGUUUGACUAUGGCUCUGGCCUGCGUGUCACUGGGGAGGUUACCAAGGUGCGCGAGGAUCUCAAGCUGGGCGAUGUGUAUGGCUGUGCUCCCCAGACUUAUUGCAUCUCCUGCGUGCCCUUUGACAACUCGAGCAACAUCUUCCCCGGCGUUGUUGUGCCCGCCGUCACUGCUGUUGUUGUUAAUACGACUCGUGAGGACAAGUCGCGUCUGAUUAUUGGCAAUACGGGAGCGAUCCGCUUCGAUCUGCACCAGGGACCGUUUACUUAUGACGACAAUUUUAUCGUUUCUCCUUUCCGUGAUGUCUUCCUCUACAUCCCCGAUGUGCCAUAUGACCUGGCCAAGAGUGUUUUGCCCAAGCUUAACAAGGGUCCCGUCGCCAAGCGUGAUCUCGCCACGAUGCCCAUCCCCCGCGACUCCUGCACUGAUCCCUCUCUGGGCUACCUCACCCGACGCGAGAUGCGCCAGAGCCAUGGCGUCGUCCGUCGUCAGGAGAUUGUUACUUCGGGCUAUGCCACCACUGAUGACUGGGGCACCGAUGGUGACGACACAGAGCACACUGGCAUUCCCAACUACAGCCUGCCCGGCUACUUCCAAGCUCAGGCCAACUUCCCUGAGGGCAAGGACCCCGAAGUUGUUGACCUGGUCUUUUUCGACUUUAUCGAGUCGUUAAUCCUGUCGGAUCUUGGUGCCAACUACACGGCCGACAUGGUAAGCUGCUACAUUGACUGCAGCUUUACCUCGCAGGACUUUAUGCUUCCUUAUGCGAAGCUCGCGUGGCAAGAGAACGUUGAUAACUGCCCUGUUGCGCUUCAGUAA